AUGGCUCUCCCAUCUAGCUUAAUCGAUGGCCAGUAUGAACUCCAAAAGCGGCUUGGAGACGGCACCUACGUUGGCAGGCGUCGGUUCCAGCUGGGCGAUGGGCCGGCCCUAUUGGGCGAGGACGGAGAAAUGAUGAUCAUGCUAGAGAGCUGUGACGCAGAAGCGCCGUCCCUUGAGCGGGAGAUCAAGAAUUAUUACUCCCUCGCCGGGGGUGUUGGUGUUCCACUAGUCGAAAGCCAUGGCAUCCAGGACGGCUGCAGGUUCCUGGUGCGUCAGCGGGAUGGUCCCACUUUGGAAGCAUUAUUGGGGUGGUGUGAGUCGUUCUCAGUCAAGACUGUCCUACUCCUCGCCGAUCAGCUUAUUGGCCUUCUCGAACUUAUACACUCUCAAUCCCUUUUUCACUUGGGGAUCCGGCCGAGCGCAUUUGCCUUGGGUACAGGGAAGGCCUCGAAUCAGAUAACGCUUACAGGAGCAGGCGAAAUAGCGGCAACUGCAGAUUUCUUGGGUGCUAAGCCCAGAGUUGCCCCAUGGAGGGGGCUGGAGGUCAGCCUUAGGGAUUCCAAAUACGAUGAUAUCCAUCGGUAUAUGAUGGCAGCUCCGAUAGAAGCUCUCUGUGAAGGUCUACCACGUGGGUUUGCGGAGUACUUCCGGUAUUUGAGCGAUCCUGUCGAUGACGAUAAGCCUAACUACGACUACCUCCGGCAACUCUUCUAUACUGCAUUUGAGGAGAAAAGGUUUUUACUCAAUGGAGUAUUUGACUGGACCGUUUACAAAUAUCGCAAAAACGCCAAACAAGAUCUCUCUCAGCCUAUCAGUGGUAUCACUAGCGAGGUAGGGGGCAUACGCUUCUCGGAAGAAGAGUUUGAAACGGAGUUCAAUUACCUGGUUGGGCAACUCCAUCAAGCAGAAGAGUGGUGCAUGUCGCUUUCCAAAAGGGACAGGAGUGACAGGACGCCAGUAUACUGGGAAGAUGUAGCCUCUGCACACCACACACUCAUUGCGUGGUGUCUUGAUAUCGUUUCUUAUUCACAGCACCCGGAGGCCCCAGACGGCCUGAUAUGUCGGGCGCAAGACCUUCAGCUACAGGAAGAAGUGUGGGAGGCGGGAAUCAAGCGGUACUUGACGCUACUUGAGGCUGACAUUCCACAUACACGUGACAUUAUGAAGAGUUUCCUUCAUCAGGCUUUUACUAUCCUCACGGUGUUCGCGCAGCUUGCACCACAGCACAAGGAGAAGUGGGAGAGGUAUAUUCGAGACCUCUCUGCGUAUGGGAUGAAGUACGAGUGCAGUGGCCCUUGGGGCAGGGUAUAUAAGCGCUGGGGUGGGUCUAUGUGGCGUAGGGCGGGCUGGACGACUUAUUUACUAGUUACGUUACUGGUGUUUUUCUGCUCUUGUUCCUUCUCUGCCGGGGGUCGAUUGCAAAUUCUCUACCGUUGUUGUCCAAUAGUAGGCGCGAAUAACCAAUAGUUGGAAUACCACCACGUGAUUUGGCGCUUACCUACCUAGUACCAUUUGUCUUUUGUAUACCCUGGCUUUUUUCAAAACAACGGCUAGUUAUGCAUACAGGCAGGCGUACGAGUAGAAGGCAUGACGUUUAAUCCAAUCUUCUGAUGGAUCUUCUCCUUGUUUUGUCUAGACACAGACUCCCCAUCGUUGCCCAGGAUCAAUUCUAUCCAUUCCGGGUCUGGCAAAAGCAGGGAUAGUAAUACUCUAAAUUAAGUCUAUAUAACACUCUCACUUUCCCAGGUUAACCGUACCUCCUCUUCUUGAUAACUAGUUUUCUCACUUCCUACUAUAUUCUGUCCUUUAUAAUGGCUGAUUUUGGAGGAGUAUCUACCUUUCCUGGGGCAGGCGGCCAGUACGCUUGUCAGAAACCACCUCCGCGCCAUCUCCCCUCAGAUAUUGAAAAUUGGCUACUUGAAGUUCGCAAAUGUUUCCCAGAGUAUGAAGCCCCAAUAUUCACCACUAAAUUUGGCAAUUGGCUCGAGCAAAUAACAGGAAUUAACACUACCAAUUCACCUCUCUUCGCUGGAAACUUGAGCUACGAGCAAGCAGUGCAUUCAUCUAUAGGAGCCACUUUACCUUCUCCUAUGCCAAAGAAGUGUCGC